AUGGGCAGCGGCAGCAGCCGGAGCGGCCGCGCCCUGAGGCGGCUGCGCAGCCCCGACAGCCGGCCGGCGGGGCCCGGCGGGGCAGCCCCGGAGGGCGGGACGGGGCUGCCAGUCUCGGCGACGGCGGCGGCGGCGGCCCGGGAGGAGGCCCGCGAGGCGGCGGAGGAGGCGGCGGAGGGGGCGGCCAGCCCCGGCCCGGUGGCGCCCCCCGACGGCGGGGACGAGACGCUGCGCCUGCUGGACCAGCUGCUGGCCGAGUCGGCGGCCUGGGGCCCCGGGGAGCUGGCCCCGCGGGGCCCGGCGCGGCCCCGACCCGCAGCCGGCGCGGGGAGCCCGGUGUCCCCCAAACGGAGCACCGAAGGCCACGCAGAGAGCAGCAGUGUCUCUGAAGCCCCAGGCAGCGGCCACAAGAGGCCUGAGAGGCAGUCAGCCAUCACGUACGACUACUCCGAGGAGGAGCUGAUGGCCAGCAUCGAGCAGGAGUACUGCUGCUAAGGCUGGUGCUGCAGCAGCCCCGUGGGCACCCGGCGGCCAGUGCGCCGUUCCUCCCAGCCCCAGCCCCAGCUGACCGGGUCUCUUAGGAACCUAGGCUGGGUGCACACAUCGCCCUGCCCUGCCCAGGGCUCUAGCUGGAGCUUAGCCACCUCCAACAUGCAGUUACUCCCAGAUCUUUCACAACUGCCCUCUUCAAAUCCAUAUUCAGACAGUCCUGAACGUGGCCGGCUGCUGGCCAUCACGCUUGCUGGCAAGAGGUGAUCAGCUGUGCAGAUCCAGGCCAGAAGGAAGGCACAGGUGCUGCCCCACAGGUGCAUGGGCAGGUGACCUGCCAGAUACCUGCCCCUCCUCUCAGUCUCUGGGGCGAUCCGUCUACAAGGUUCUCCUGGAUCUUGAAAUGCUUCCCCUUUCUGAAGUCCCAUUUGCCACCUGCUCCGAAGAAGCCUCUUUAGCUGAGCGUGGCUCAGACUGGACACUUCGGGAACUCUAACACACGUCCCAGAGGGCCGGCCCCGAGGAGGUUCCGCUCCGGAGGGCACACCCAGGAGGUAUGCCUUACCGAGCUGGAGGGAGUCACCCCCUGUGCUGCAAAUGAGUCGCCUGGCGAUGUUAUUGAACUGCAGAUUCGGAUUCUGUGGGUCUCCAGCAGGGCCUGAGAGUCUGCGUUUCUAACCAGCUCCCAGGUGAUCCCCAGGCAGCUGGAGCCCAGCCAUGCCUGGGGUAGCAGGGACCUUGUCUGAGCUUCAGGCCUGGCUGACUCUUCCUUCCCCGGUGCUGGAGGCCGCCCAGAGCCACGAGCCACCCGCCUCCCCAAAGAGAGGCCUGUGCCCCUGCAGUGGGUGUGGCGGGGCAGGAGCCAGAGACCCCAGU